AGAUUCUUCGAACUGAUCAAUACCAGUAUCCACCCUAUCAACAAGAGCAAGAGAAUAUCCAUCCAUGUGAACAACCCAGAGAGACGGGUCCUUGUGAUCGUUUCGUUACCAAAUGGUACUACAACAAAGCCGAUGGCACUUGUAAUCGUUUCCAUUACGGUGGAUGUGAGGGUAAUGCGAAUCGCUAUGAUACCGAAAAUGCUUGUAAGGCUGAAUGCGGUGAAUAUGCUGGUGAGUUCUCGAUUUAUUGGGAUCCCUUCAUUCACUGUAUGA